CUCACCGCUGUGUGUCUCUCUGUCAUCCUGGAGUUCAUGUUUUCAUCAUCAUCAUCAUUCCUGAUGCUCCACUGACCGAUGAAGACAAAACAGAAAUAGAGGAGAUCCAGAGGAUAUUCAGCUCAAGAAUCAACAAACACAUCAUGAUCCUCAUAAAGCAGAAUUCAGAGCAUCAGACAGAAAAACUGAAUGAAGAAACACAGUCUGUCAUUGAGAGUUUUGGAGGACGACAUCAUUUCAUCGGGCCAAACACACAAGUGUCUGUGUUGAUGGAGAAAAUGGAGCAGAUGGUUGAGGAAAAUAGUGGUGUUUGUUUCUCCACAGAGACAUUGAUGGAGACACAGACGGAGAAACAUUCAUUAGAGAUUCAGUCACAAGAAUUAAGAGAAAGAGAAGAUGAAGUGAGGAUUGUGCUGCUGGGAAAAACUGGAGUUCGGAAGAGUUCAACUGGAAACACCAUCUUAGGAAGAAAAGCAUUUAUAUCAGACAUUUCUCAAGAGUCUGUUACUAAAGAGUGUCAGAAAGAAACAGCUGAAAUCAGCGGCAGACACGUUACUGUGAUCGACACUCCAGGACUGUUUGAUACUGAUCUGACUAAUGAGGAGAUCCAGAGAGAAAUCAGCAACUGCAUCUCCAUGAUUCUGCCUGGACCACAUGUGUUUCUCUUACUGAUUCCAGUGGGACGAUUCACUGAAGAAGAACAAAACCUUGAACAGUUUCUGGGAAAACCUGGAUCUGCUUUGAAUCAGCUGAUUGAAGCGUGUGGAAACAGAUUCCACGUGUUCAAUAAUGAAACUGGAGACCAAACACAGGUGACUGAUCUACUGCAGAAGAUAGACAACAUGGUGAAAGCAAACGGAGGGAGUUACUACUCAUGUAAGAUGUUCAGAGAGAUGGAAAGAAAACUACAAGAAAAACAGAAGAACAUACUGAUGGAGAAAUUCAGUGUGAGAUGA